AUGACCUCCAAAUUCGAAAAGCUAUUGAUAAAACUGGGCAAACCAAGCUGGGCCCAACACCUCCGUCAUGUCCAACACGCGCACGGCCCCCAGAAGAACCAAAUCGACCCCGAAUGGGCAAAAGACAUAAUCAAGAUGGACACUCACCUGCGGGAAAUAGGGCAGCGCGAGAUCUACCUGCGCGAGGAGAUCAAAGCGCUGACCUCCGACGACCGCCCACCGCUAAGCACCGAGCAACGCGCGCAGCUGGCAAAAUGGCGAAUGGAGCUAGAGGACCUGGCGAGGAAGUACUGGCACCUGGAGCGGGAGUUUUACCGGCGGGAGGCGUCUGUUCCGCCGGGGCCGUUGCAGAGGGCGGUGUUGUGGGAGGAGUUGUGGGUGCUGCGAGAGGGAGAGGGAUACGGAGAAGAGGAUUCGGCUGGGGCAUUGUACGGUGGAGUGUGGGUGUUGUCGGAGGGCGAGGGGGUUUGA